GCCCGCGCCCCGGCCCGAGCCGGAGGACGAGGAGAGAGUGCCGCUGGCUGAGCUGUCACUGAUGAACAAGUUGAUCCACACGUCCCUGGUGGAGUCCCAGCAGCACGUGGAGAUCCUGCAGCGAGACCCCAGCUCCCCACUCUUUUCCAUCAAGACCUUUGAGGAGCUGCCCCUGAAGAAGGAGCUCCUGCAGGGGGUUUAUAUGAUGGGCUUCAACAGACCAUCCAAAAUCCAGGAGCAGGCCCUGCCCCUCAUGCUGGCUUACCCGCCCCAAAAUCUGAUUGCCCAGAGCCAGUCAGGGACAGGGAAAACAGCAGCUUUUGUCUUGGCCAUGUUGAGCAGAGCCAGUGCCAGCGAGAAAUAUCCGCAGUGCCUGUGCCUGGCUCCCACCUACGAGCUGGCCCUGCAGAUCGGGCAGGUGGUGCGCGCCAUCGGCAAGUUCUGCACGGACAUCAAGGUGAACUACGCUGUCCGGGGAAACCGAGUUCUGAAGGGCACAGUGCUGGAGGAGCAGAUCAUCAUCGGAACUCCAGGCACCACCCUGGACUGGUGCUUCAAACAACGCAUCCUGGACCUGACAAAGAUCUCCUUGUUCGUGCUGGAUGAGGCUGACAUCAUGAUCGACACGCAGGGCCUCUCCUGUCAGAGCAUCCGCAUCCACAGGGCUCUUCCCAAGAGCUGCCAAGUGCUGCUGUUCUCAGCCACUUACAAGGAGCCUGUUCGGGCCUUUGCUGAGCGGAUCAUCCCCGACCCCAUCGUGAUCAAGCUGCGGGAGGAGGAGCUCACCCUGAGCAACAUCAGGCAGUACUUCAUGGUGUGCCAGAGCUCAGACGAGCAGUACAAGGCCCUCUGCAACCUCUAUGGCAGCUUCACCAUCGGUCAGGUCAUGAUCUUCUGCCAGACCAGGAGGAUGGCAGACUGGCUGUCGGGGAAGAUGAGCCGGGACGGGCACCAAGUGGCCAUCCUGACAGCAGAGCUGACGGUGGUGCAGCGGGCCAGCGUCAUCCAGCGCUUCCGUGAGGGCAAGGAGAAGGUCCUGAUCGCCACCAACGUCUGUGCCAGAGGCAUCGAUGUGCAGCAGGUGACCACGGUGGUGAACUUUGGGCUGCCCAUGGAUCAGGACGGCGAGCCGGACUUUGAGACGUACCUGCACCGCAUCGGGCGGGCCGGGCGCUUCGGGCACCGCGGCAUCGCCUUCAGCGUGGUGCAGAGGGAGACCGUGCCCCUCGUGCACAGGAUUGAGGAGUAUUUCCUUCUGAAGGGCACAGUGCUGGAGGAGCAGAUCAUCAUCGGAACUCCGGGCUGCACUGAUGGUUUUUUGAAUCCCAGCGCCUGUUAUCCCUGUGAUUUUUAGAGGAAAGAAGGUUAUAGAAGCCUUCAGAUGGGCAGGAAACUGUGUCCAUUCCACAUCUCCAGCCUCAGAGCCACUCAGCCCUCUUGGUUCUUUCAAAUACUCACCUGUCCUUGGAACCUGGAGUGAGCCUGAGGCAGACACUUCUUCUCUUUAGAAGUUCUCAGAAGGCUAGCUAGAAAAGAAUGAUAACAAAGGAGCUCUCUCCAACUCUGUCUCAGAGAGAGCUCGGUCCUUGAUUGGCCAUUAAUUGUAAACAUCCCAGAUGGGCCAAUCACAGGUGCACCUGUUGCAUUCCACAGCAGCAGAUAACCAUUGUUUGCAUUCUUUUUCUGGGGCUUCAGCUUCCCAGAAGGGAAAAUCCUAAAGAAAGGAUUUUUAUGAAAAGAUGUCUGCGACAAGUAUCAACAUGGAUCUGCUGCUCCCACAGGCAGGGCUGGGACUGGGAUCCCCUCCAUCAAAUUUCUGUACAACUGCAUGCACUGGACACACAGGAAGACACUUCACCUUGUUUAGCUUUCCUUUGAGCUGUUACAGGCUCACAUUGACUCACAGAAUCAUAGAAUGGCCACAGCUGAAAGGGACCUCAAAGCCCAUCUUGUUCCCACCCUUUCCCAUUGGCAGGGACACCUUCCAUUAGACCAGGUUGCUCAGAGCUCCAUCCAGCUUGGCCUUGAACACUUCCAGAGAUUAUUCCCUGUUGGCAAAUAGUCCUUGUCGGGCUGCUCCUCUCCCCAGGGCUCAUCUCACUGGGAAUGGGUGACAGAUACAGCUUUUAGAGUGAUUUUUGCUCCCCAGCAGGCAAAUUUCCCAAGAAGCAGCCCCAGAGGUUGUGUGCAACUUGCAGGGGAUGUUAGCAGCAGCCAGGAUGCCUCAGCACCUUCUUUUUUUCCCUCUUUCAGGCAUUUUCUCUGCCUUUCCUUGUCACAGGGGACCGGGUGCCCCAGCUUAGCUCAGCCCUGGCUGUGGGAGAGGAGAUGGCAGCUGUGGAAAUCUUUCCUGAGUGGAAAUUGAUUGUAACUUGCUAACAU